AUACUUCAAAGCUUCAAGGUUGUGUUGUGGUAAUGCGUGUCCGUUUUGAAUUUGUUAAUGUUUGCUAAUCUCAGUAUCAUUUCCAUGUCAAAGUUGUUAUAGCGCAGUUCACAAAGACCACAUUUUAUGAAACGCUCGAAAACUAGCUAUGUUAAAAUGUAUAGUUUUGAAGGUAGUUGGGAAUCUAUUUUUAUUCACUGACCACUUAUAUUCUCUAUGGUCAGAAUGUGGUUAUUUCGCAUGCAAAGUGUGAAUCGAAUGCACGGAAAUAUUCUUUAAUUAUGCCGACGUCUUGGGAAACCACCUAUAAAGCAGAGGUAACAUGGUAGCUCAAAAGCUUUUGCUACAGAAUUGCUGGUAAUAGUGCUUUAUUCUUCCCCGUCAUGCCACUACACUUGUAGAGUUCCUAAUCAUGUCCGCCCUACGGAAUAAUUUUCGCCACUACCAAUAAUUCAGUACGGCGAAAUUUAUUUUUUUCGUGAUGAAAAUUAAUCGUUUGUUAACUAGCAUUGUCUACACUCACCCUAGUCACUUUAAAAAUGCCAAACACGUGGACCGUAGUGGAUUGUAAAACUUUCGUUCUAUGAUUAUUUCAUCAAAUAAAACCGUUGUGAUAGUACUGUAUCGAAUCAAACUUGUUUCAUUGACACUACAAAAGCAUCCAUCUUAUGGGCAAUUCAAAUCUUUAAUGCAACAAGUAUGUUGAUUCGUACGUUCUUGCCACUAAAUUUUCCAUAGUUUAAAUUGGUUGAAAUUGCUAUAAAUAUCUGACCCCUGAAGAUAAUAAUUUUGAUAAAUUAACCCAUAAUUACUGUUGUACUGUGAUGCGUGAUGGAGUUGAUCGUAAGGGAAAAAAGUGGAGCCUUCACGAAGCAUUUGUGUAACUAAAUCUUUAUUUUUACCGUAAGUUCAACGAAUCUUGCUCCUUCAAUCACUCAAAAAUCGAUACUUGGGUGUAAAAUAACCAUACCUCUUGGGUAUACCUUUAAUAAAGAAUGCUUUUUUAUCAUUUCAUAAGGACGAAAAUGUGUUCAUAAACAUUACUUUGGCAAAGCUUCUGAAAUGGUACUUAGUUAAAUGUAGAAAUUUUUUAUCACUAUUAAUUCAUUUUUAAACUUUCAGUUAUUUUCACUCCUGGCAGAAACAUUGCAAAAUUUAGCCGAUUAUUUAACAGUGUAAACCGACAAAAAUAGCCGAGAUAAAGAUCUUAACAAAAUUCGGAGAAGACCCGGUAAAACUUACUAUAACGAGUACAGAAGCAGCACCAGUUGGAUCUCUGAAAAACGACUACGAUAUAAAGAAAAAGAUUUCUUUUCUAGUCCUAUCUUCUGGGCAUAAUUUUUAUUAUUACCACUGACCCUGUUGCUACGCCUACUGUUCUGGGAUUUGGCCCAAAAACUCCAUUUCUCUGUGCUUACGGGGUAUGACAACUUGAACCGAUGUACAUACUUACAGGUUCUACGUAGUGGCUGAGCAACUGAAAUGAAAUAUUAAAAUUGGACGAAUAAAAUUGAGAUUUAUCCAUCCGCAAACGAUCACAUGAACUUUCAGACCCCGAUGUUAGAUUUGGGACAAAUUCAUCAAGUGUUUGAAUGUCUGCGCUUCAUUUUUAUUUAGAAUAACUUCUUAAGUUGAUCUUACGUCGCGUCAGGGUAUCGUAUUUAUACAAUUAAAAUGUUACAUUAGAGAUACUAUGUAUUCAAAUUAUUUCAUAUUAUGGGGCUAAAUUUACUGUUUUACACACUGUAGUAGUUCAUAAAAUCAAACCACCAGAAACUUCAUAGCAUCUAUCUUCUCAUUUCUUGACUAACACUUAUUUGCCUUCCAGAAAAUAAGCAUUUGAAAACCAAUGGAUGAAAACUUGGAAAACUUCUCUAAUGCUGACUUCGAUGCUAGAUUAUUCGUCUCUUAUAUUGUUGGUACUAAUAAAGUUUCAAAUGUUUUAUGCACAAUAGAUAACCGAAUAAGAGAGUUAGCUACUCUGAUUCAUCAGCAUGUUGCUGAUAAUCAUGUCGACCUGUUUAAAAGAGCCUCUGACAUUGAUAAUUUGCAAAAUGUUUUGCAGGCAGUUGAAGAUAAAAUACGAAACUUGUCAAUUUCUUUAUCGAAAGUUAAAAAGAAAAUAGAUACUCCACAUGAAACAUUAACCACAAAUGUAACUCAUUUCAAAAAUCUACACAUUACAUGUGCUAUUCUUCGUAAUAUAUCUCGAGUAGCAACACUAAUGAAACGAAUUCAAAGUAGGUCUAAAGAUUUAUGUCAAUGUGCAAUGUAUGUAAAUGAGUUAAACUUCAUUUUUAACAAUAUGGAAUGGGAAGGAAUCCAUGUAUUGGAGUCCUAUAAUCGUGCAUUAGUUCAAGUUCGAGAGAGUAUGGUGUCACAAGCAUGGGGCCUAAUCAAUUCAUCGUAUGAGUUAUCUGAUCAAACUCAAUUAGCUACAGGACUACAGGUUUUCUACCAUUUAAAUAUGUUAAUGGAUGUAGUUCAUGAACUGGUGACUAAAUGGAAAUCAGAGUUUGUUUCUGUACUAUCCUCUUCCGUCGAUAUAGAUUCAUUAACUCAACGUAUGCGAACACGUCAAAAAAUUCAGCAAGGAGGUUCUGGUCCAGGUAGAGCCUCAUUAUCAGCAGUUGGUGGUCAAGCAGCUGCUUUUCAUGUUGCUGUAUGGACUAGUUUAGAUGGAACUAUUGAUAAAAUGGAACAACUUAUUUCUUGUAGUCGUCUACUUGGUCUAACUUUAAUGAAACAACGUGAAACACAUAUUGAUGUAUGUAUGACAAGUAUAUGUCGUUUAGAUCAAUAUAUUUCUGAAUUAUAUCCUAGUCUAGCUGAAUUACUUAUACAUGAAAUGCUUACCAAUUGGCAAAAUAAUAAAAAUUCUGAAAAAUAUUCUUCAAUUUUGUUAAUUUUUGCUUCAGCCAAUUUUAAAGAAUCUUUAACUCGUCAAGAAGAUACCAUCGACUCAUCCUCUGCUAUCGAUAAUUCAGUUGGUCACAAACAAAUUAAUGAUAGUCGUGCAGAUAUUCGUAAUGCACUGAUUUCAAAUGAAGGAUUCCUUGGUUGGGCAUCAGAUCAACUGGCCACUAAACUUUCUGCUGUUUCCAAUCAAUCACCAGUAAUUAAAGAAGUGCUUGAAGGAGAAUAUCCGAAAUUAUUAAAAUUAAUAUUAGAUUUGGAACGUCGUGUAACCAGUACCCUUUCAAAUGAAUUAUCUAAUAAUAGUAAUUAUGAUCAAUAUACUUUAUCACCUAUGCAUCAACAAACUAUAUUGGAACAACUACCUUCAUGUUUAGUUCGAGCACUGCAUCCGUUUGAAACAGCUUAUUUAUCUCGUAGUGUAUCACGUUUAUUUGAUAGGGUAACUUUGGCUUUUUCGACAUCUACAACAGCUGGACCAGAUACAAAUGAAUUAAAUGAUAUCAUACAAACAGCUGCAAAUGAAUUAGCAUAUGCUACUGUUCAUCAUGACCUUUUAUAUAAGGUUACUCGCAACUUAGAUAAAUUGAUUGCUUUAUUUGCAACUAAAACUGAAACUUUAAUUUCUACGGGCAGUACUUGUGCAGUACAAUUGACAGAUUCACAAACACUUGGACAACAGAAUAAUAUACAUUUAGUCAACCUUCUCUGUCAGUUUGGAACAAAUUUACAAUUAACUGUUAAUAAACGAUUGAACAAUCUGAAUACAAUAACAACAUCUAACAUUAAUCAUAAAAACUAUAAUAAAUCAUCUACAUUUUUAAAUGAAACCUUCCCACUGACUACCACAAUUGAAACAAUGACACCAAUCAAAAAUCCACUUCAGUUAAUCUCAGAAUCAACAAAAAAUCAUUUGAAUAAUUUGUGCAAUUCCAUUUUAAAUCCAUUUCUUCUAGCUAUUAGUAAUAAAAUAGAUGAAAUUUUAAGUUCAAUGCAUAAUGAAUAUGAUUCAUAUCAAAAUGUAUCAGUUAAUGAACUAAGCAGUAAAUCAAAGUAUCUACAAGAUUUACAGAACUUUACCGCUAGAGUUCGGCAACAAUAUUUAUCUGAUCUAUCACAACCUCCAAAAUUUGUUAAUACAAUACCUAAUAUAUUCACACAAUCAGGUUGUUAUGUUUGCGGUGAAUUCGCAUUGCAAGAUGCUUUAAAACCAAUUCUUACUAUGUGUGUCAACAGUUAUCUUUGGCGAUCAACAUUAAUUCGUUCUUCAAAAGAAUCAAUACGUCUUAAAUUAGCCGCUGAUUAUAAAGAUUUUGAAUUAGCUUUAAUGCCAUUAUGCUCUCCAAAUUAUGGAUAUACAUUAAGUAAACUAAUCCCAGAAUCUUAUGAACAAUUAAGAGAAUUUCCUUCUAUUCUAUCUAUGGAAAAUGAACAGUUAGUUCAGACUUAUGCAAAAGAAAAUUCAGUUGGUUCUUCGUCAAAUCAUCUACUGCCGAGUUUGAUUUGUCAACAUAUGUUUAGCAGAGCACCGGAUGAAAUUCGUUAUCCCCAUAUUGUUGCAGGUUGGUCUACAAAUUACUAUGUAUCGUGGUUGGUGAAAAGGAAAAACGAUACGGAACGUUUAGUUUUCCUACGCAAUGGUCUUUCAGCAUAUGUCCAUGAGGUCCAACUAAGACAACAACGAGAAUAUCCGCCGAUUUAUUUGCAGUUGAAAGAAUUUCUAGACUACCAUAUUGGAAAAGAUCAAAAGUGAAACUUGUAUGCAUACGUAUUUUUUUUAUUGUAUCAUUUAAACUAAUUUUUUUAUACAUAAUUUCAUCUAAAACACUGUGAUAAAUAUUAUUUUAGUAAAAUAAAUACUUUAUUCGUUU